AGGAAACAAAUGAAAAAUGUUAUUGUGGUUUGUGGGGAGGGAGAAGACUUCAGUAGUGGUUUUUGGCGUGCAGGGAUAACAUUUUUUGUGUGGUUGUAUAAUUUUAUUGGUGGGCCCUGUAAUUUAAUAAUGAAAGAAGAAAUUGCUGCCACAGUCUUUUUUAUUACAAAAAUUGUGAAAAAACAUGACAAGCUGAAGAAGGAAACAAUAGAAAAAUGUGCACUUCAUCUGACUUCCAUUCUCUUUGAGCAUUACAAAGGUCACUGGUACCCUGCGACUCCUGUUAAAGGGCAGGCUUACAGGUGCAUAAGGGUGAACAAAUUUCAUAAUGUGGACCCACUGCUCGAAAGAACCUGUAAGGAGUGCAAUGUGGAUUAUGAAGACCUUGGAUUACCAAAAGAACUUACUAUUUGGGUAGAUCCCUUUGAAGUAGCUUGCAGGUAUGGUGAGAAGAACCAACCUUUUACUAUUGCUAGAUUUGAAGGAAGUGGUGAUGACCGUGAAACAUCUAGAAUGAUCAACAAUGCUGUAGAAAAGGUGACUUCUGAUUAUCAGUCUGGAACAUCAUCUGAUGAAGAGAGCUGCAGUAAAGAACCUAAAAGUAUUCCUACUGUCAGCAACCCAAACAGUGUUUAUCAGUUUACAGAGUUCUUCUACCAGCCUGUUCCUGUAUGGUCCCAGUAUCCUCGGAGGAAGAACUUUACAAAUGACUACAAUCAGCAAGCCAAUGUCUGUCCACCAUACAAGAUGGUAAGAACCUACAGGCCUUCUGCUGCUUUUGCGGGUCCUCGUGUAGAUCGGUACCACUGGGUCAAUGCCAAGCGUUAAAAACUGGACAAAUUUUUAAGCACUUCUGAAUUUUUAGACUCUAAUUUUUAAUGUUAUUUGACAGAAGCCAAAAGCAGCACUUAUUUGACUUGGCUGUAAUACCUUUCCCACUUACCAGAGAAUAAGUUCUUAAAAUUUUAUUGCACAAGUUUAUAUAAUGCUUAAUAUGUAGUAUAGCUGAAGAGAUCUUUUUUAAAAUAUUGUAAUUUUAAAACAGUUUCUUAAAAUAAAUCUUAUUUUAAGUGUAGUGUUUGAUAAUAACUAAAUAUCUGGGUGAAUCUGACUUUAUGGGCAUAUUGUCUGUUAAUAUGAAUUGUGUUGCUUGUAAUGCAGUGUAAAAUCUUGUCAAGGCAUUGUAAAUGCUAAUUAGCUUGGAAAUCUGAAAUAAAACACUAUUCUUUA